UAUAUCACAUACAGAAACAUCGCCGCGUCAAUAAUAGUGAUUUCCGUGCUCUCGUCUACACCCUAGUAUCUCAGCUCAAGACGAAAACUUGUUCGUUUUUUCUGCCUGGAAAACCCGCUUUUUGAAAGUCAACAUGCAGAUCUUUGUCAAGACCCUCACCGGCAAGACCAUCACACUCGAGGUCGAGCCAAGUGACUCCAUCGAGAACGUAAAGGCCAAGAUCCAGGACAAAGAAGGCAUCCCUCCCGAUCAGCAGCGUCUCAUCUUCGCUGGCAAGCAACUUGAAGAUGGCCGCACUCUCUCAGACUACAACAUCCAGAAGGAGUCCACACUUCAUCUUGUUCUCAGGCUUCGUGGUGGUAUGCAGAUCUUCGUCAAGACCCUCACAGGCAAGACCAUCACACUCGAGGUCGAACCAAGUGACUCCAUCGAGAACGUAAAGGCCAAGAUCCAGGACAAAGAAGGCAUCCCUCCCGAUCAGCAGCGUCUCAUCUUUGCUGGCAAGCAACUUGAGGAUGGUCGCACUCUCUCAGACUACAACAUCCAGAAGGAGUCCACUCUCCAUCUCGUUCUCAGGCUCCGUGGUGGUAUGCAGAUCUUCGUCAAAACCCUCACAGGCAAGACCAUCACACUCGAGGUCGAGCCAAGUGAUUCCAUCGAGAACGUAAAGGCCAAGAUCCAGGACAAAGAAGGCAUCCCUCCCGAUCAGCAGCGUCUCAUCUUCGCUGGCAAGCAACUUGAGGAUGGCCGCACUCUCUCAGACUACAACAUCCAGAAGGAGUCCACUCUCCAUCUCGUUCUCAGGCUCCGUGGUGGUAUGCAGAUCUUCGUCAAAACCCUCACAGGCAAGACCAUCACACUCGAGGUCGAGCCAAGUGACUCCAUCGAGAACGUAAAGGCCAAGAUCCAGGACAAAGAAGGCAUCCCUCCCGAUCAGCAGCGUCUCAUCUUCGCUGGCAAGCAACUUGAGGAUGGCCGCACUCUCUCAGACUACAACAUCCAGAAGGAGUCCACUCUCCAUCUCGUUCUCAGGCUCCGUGGUGGUAUGCAGAUCUUCGUCAAAACCCUCACAGGCAAGACCAUCACACUCGAGGUCGAGCCAAGUGACUCCAUCGAGAACGUAAAGGCCAAGAUCCAGGACAAAGAAGGCAUCCCUCCCGAUCAGCAGCGUCUCAUCUUCGCUGGCAAGCAACUUGAGGAUGGCCGCACUCUCUCGGACUACAACAUCCAGAAGGAGUCCACUCUCCAUCUCGUUCUCAGGCUCCGUGGUGGUAUGCAGAUCUUCGUCAAAACCCUCACAGGCAAGACCAUCACACUCGAGGUCGAGCCAAGUGACUCCAUCGAGAACGUAAAGGCCAAGAUCCAGGACAAAGAAGGCAUCCCUCCCGAUCAGCAGCGUCUCAUCUUCGCUGGCAAGCAACUUGAGGAUGGCCGCACUCUCUCAGACUACAACAUCCAGAAGGAGUCCACUCUCCAUCUCGUUCUCAGGCUCCGUGGUGGUAUGCAGAUCUUCGUCAAAACCCUCACAGGCAAGACCAUCACACUCGAGGUCGAGCCAAGUGACUCCAUCGAGAACGUAAAGGCCAAGAUCCAGGACAAAGAAGGCAUCCCUCCCGAUCAGCAGCGUCUCAUCUUCGCUGGCAAGCAACUUGAGGAUGGCCGCACUCUCUCUGACUACAACAUCCAGAAGGAGUCCACACUUCAUCUUGUUCUCAGGCUUCGUGGUGGUAUGCAGAUCUUCGUCAAAACCCUCACAGGCAAGACCAUCACACUCGAGGUCGAGCCAAGUGACUCCAUCGAGAACGUAAAGGCCAAGAUCCAGGACAAAGAAGGCAUCCCUCCCGAUCAGCAGCGUCUCAUCUUUGCUGGCAAGCAACUUGAGGAUGGUCGCACUCUCUCAGACUACAACAUCCAGAAGGAGUCCACUCUCCAUCUCGUUCUCAGGCUCCGUGGUGGUAUGCAGAUCUUCGUCAAAACCCUCACAGGCAAGACCAUCACACUCGAGGUCGAGCCAAGUGACUCCAUCGAGAACGUAAAGGCCAAGAUCCAGGACAAAGAAGGCAUCCCUCCCGAUCAGCAGCGUCUCAUCUUCGCUGGCAAGCAACUUGAGGAUGGCCGCACUCUCUCUGACUACAACAUCCAGAAGGAGUCCACACUUCAUCUUGUUCUCAGGCUUCGUGGUGGUAUGCAGAUCUUCGUCAAAACCCUCACAGGCAAGACCAUCACACUCGAGGUCGAGCCAAGUGACUCCAUCGAGAACGUAAAGGCCAAGAUCCAGGACAAAGAAGGCAUUCCUCCCGAUCAGCAGCGUCUUAUCUUUGCUGGUAAGCAACUUGAGGAUGGUCGCACUCUCUCAGACUACAACAUCCAGAAGGAGUCCACACUUCAUCUUGUUCUUAGGCUUCGUGGUGGUAUGCAGAUCUUCGUCAAGACCCUCACAGGCAAAACCAUCACACUCGAGGUCGAGCCAAGUGAUUCCAUCGAGAACGUAAAGGCCAAGAUCCAGGACAAAGAAGGCAUCCCUCCCGAUCAGCAGCGUCUCAUCUUUGCUGGUAAGCAACUUGAGGAUGGCCGCACUCUCUCAGACUACAACAUCCAGAAGGAAUCCACUCUCCAUCUCGUUCUCCGACUUCGUGGUGGACAAUAGAGCUGUGACGUAUUUGCCAGAUGAACCCAUUUUUCCCAUAGGAAACAUCCCUUUCUAAUAAUGUUUUGAAACUUUGAGAAGUACAGUUUUCAAUUUAAUUUGUUUUUAAUCUUAAAAUGAGAUAGCUAUAGACAUAUUGAGAGAGGGCAUAUACUUCAAAGCAAUCAGUUACUUUUAUUCCAUCAAAUCUAUGGUGAUUAAUUAAUAGUUGAUGAGAUGCAGGGACCAAAAAUCAAAUUGGGGAAAAGAAGGUUUUUCAUACAGAUGUCAUGUUAUUCCUCAAACAAAACAAAUACAAAAAGUGGCAUUGAUUGUGAUUAUUAAUGAAUAUGGUACCUUUUUACUGGUCCCAUUUUACCCUCGUUUGUUGACCUCCAUGCUAGAUCAGGAGCAUACAAAGGUACAUGAACCUUUGUGCAUCUCAUCAAACAUAUUUUAAAAGAACACCGUUUUACAAUCAUGAUUUUUAAAACGGUGUUUUAUUUCCUGCAAGUAUAUCACGACAUGUUAAACUGUUGGGAUAGGGACAAGGGAAAGGUCUACACGUGUAUUACGCUACUGGCAAAUUAAACCUGAAAUGAUCUACUUUUCUUUUUCAAGUUAACUUCAUUCCAAUUUAUUACUUUUUAUAACCGUUUGGGAAAUUUCAAUCUGGAAGAAAGCUGAUAAAUUAAAGAAACAAUGCAAUGUGAAA